AUGGCGGACGAGGAGGACUAUGAUUUGGAGGUGAAUAGGAAAGAGACGGAUAAAAUUGAACGCCCGGAGCGGCUGAUCGAGGUCCUCCAGCACGAUACUAACCGGAUACUCACGGAGGAGAUGGUAGAGCACGCGCAGACGGUGCUCGACUCCAUGCCGGUCGAACACUCCUACAAAGAUGUAGCGGCGAAGUUGAAGGGUCGACUUGACAGCGCAUACGGCGGCACCUGGCACGUCAUCGUAGGCAAGCACUUCGGCGCCAACGUCACCAACGACGAUGACACCCUGAUCAACAUGAAGAUCAACGGCGUGUACUUCUUAGCCAUGCGCUCGGGUCCACCGGAACGGCCGCAGGAAGUUGCUGACAACGAGACCGUCGCAGCGGAGUGA